AUGGCAAAUGCCGCCAGAAACACCUGGCCAUGGUCCAUGACGAGGCUGGUGCUUCGAAGAGUGAGCGUGGAGAGCGCCGUCGAUUCUGCCUGGAGGUUUGCAAGAGCUGAAGAGCAGGCCGGCAUCGUCGUGAGUGAGCGUGAAGAACAUUCAAUGAUCCCUUGCAUGUGCCAGUCAUGUGAGCGUAGAGAUUUGAAGAGCUAUGUGGCAUUGUCGAGAGUCAAGAGUGAGCGUGAAGAAUUUGUGGUGAUCGUUGACGGUGUGAAGAGCAGGUUUGAAGAGCACGCCAGUUUCCACGUACCCAGGUGGUGA